UACUACCAUCACCACUAUGUGGUCCUUCGCCAGUUUGCCACGGUUCCACCGAACCCGUCUGAGGCCGACUAUCAUGGCCCCUACAACAAGCUUCUCUAGACCCUCUUUCCUCCAGACAGCGACUUUGUGGUUGUGCCACAGUACCUCGAACAGGAUUCUCGAAACCAGACCGACUUCGUGUUCAUGUUUGAGAUUCAACUGCUGAACAGGCCAGUCCUCAUCCUAGAGUUGAAAUCUCCAAGCCAUCUGCGCAUGCAGUCUAAGCGCGAGAAGGCGGAUGAUCAAAUUAGAUCGCGCAUGUUCGACGUGGUCGGAGACUGUCCACUCAACACACUGCAUGCCAUCAGCGCGAUGGGCACGAAGUUGUGCUUCUACACCCUCAACACACAGGACCCCGCCGCGACGAUUAACCCUCCCGCAGUUCAACGCCAUGCUACAAGGGUGAACGAGACUAUACCGGCGAACCGUUGGGCCGAUGACAUCUUGGAAGAUGCGGGAGAGCAGCGAUUUCGCGCGAUUGUGGAAGAGAUCAAAGUAGGAUGUGCUGCUCUGGAUGUUUGAUUCAGCAGAAUGCCUCCGGACAAUAUGCAGCGGGCGAUUAUUGACUGACUCCCUUCAAGGCUGAGUUACGGGAAACAGAGCGCCGUCCGCCUCAAAGGCAUAUACAUACGUCGCACGAACAAAACGAAGCGUCGCCUCAGGUGUGGAAGUCGCAGCGGCCUCCUGUGGCGGGCGGGCGACGCGUGGUGUGACUAAUCGCAAGUCUUAACAAAUCUCCCCUGCUCACGGUGUUCUUUCUGUCUUGGGUUUCCUGUUGACUGCUCGUUCGGAC